UCCUCGAUUUCGUUUCGAUAUGAAGACCCGAAACAAUGACUUGGAAGCCGGAACGACCCCGCUACUCUACCCUUCUAUGACUGAGAACCCCGAGCUCCGAUGGGCCUUCAUCCGAAAAGUCUAUGCCAUCCUCACCUUCCAGAUACUCCUCACCAUUCCCGUCGCCGCCACCGUCUUCUUUUACCCUGCAAUCGCCGUUUUCCUUAUCGAAACUUGGCUCGGAUGGUUUCUCAAAAACACUAUCAUCAUCACCUCCCUUGUUGUGCUCGUCGCCAUGAUUGCUUAUAGCAAACAGCACCCUCUGAAUUACAUGCUCCUUGGGGCUUUCACUAUCUGUGAGGCACUCAUGGUCGGAGUUAGUUGUGCAUUCAUCAGUGGGAAGGUGGUUUUGGAGGCUGCCAUUCUUACCGCUGCAAUUUUUCUAGGCCUGACCUUGUAUACCUUUUGGGGUGCAAGGAGAGGCCAUGACUUCAACUUCUUGGGUCCUUUCUUGUUUGCAUCCCUGCUGGCUCUGCUUGUCUUUGGAGUGAUACAGAUUUUCCUCCCUCUUGGUAAGACGAGUCAUAUGAUUAUCGGGAUUGUUGGAAUACUCGUAUUCUGUGGCUACAUUGUCCAUGACACAGACGAACUGAUCAAGCGCUACGAGUAUGAUGAGUACAUUCUUGCGGCCAUUGACUUGUAUUUGGACCUCAUCAACUUGUUUCUCAAGAUAUUGGAGAUGAUGAAGAAGGCAGAGAGCUCAGAUCGAUGA